UUUUUUAAUAAAUAUGCCGCUCUUGCGCCUCUCUCUCCCUCCUCUCUCGAUGGUUGAAAAGGAGAUGCUAAUGAAGCUUCGUUAAUCGCCUCCCUCCUCCUCCUCUCUCUCUCUCGAUCUCAAAAGUAGAAACGCAAACGAACGCUGAAUAGGGCAAAAAAAGGCCAAAGCUGAGAACUUGAAUGCGUUCCCACAUGACCCACCAAGGGACAGAUUUAUUUUGAGAGCGGAUUAAUUAUUCGUGUCACAUUUUGUUGGAUCUAUCUAUAAGUUCAUCCUACCUGAGGGAGAAUGGCGGAUGGAAUUUCAAGUUUCUGGGGCCCAGUGACAUCCACUAAAGAGUGUUGUGAGCAGAAUUACGUCUAUUCUUCCUAUGUCGCAGAAUUUUACAACACAGUAUCAAACAUUCCCUGCAUUCUUUUGGCGCUGAUUGGUCUGAUAAAUGCCCUAAGACAGCGAUUUGAGAAGAGAUUCAGUGUCCUUCAUAUUUCGAAUAUGGUACUCGCUAUGGGAAGCAUGCUAUAUCAUGCUACCCUGCAACGAGUGCAACAACAAAGCGAUGAAACUCCAAUGGUGUGGGAAAUCUUACUUUAUAUGUACAUCCUCUAUUCUCCGGACUGGCACUAUCGCAGUACAAUGCCCACAUUCCUCUUCCUCUACGGUGCUAUCUUUGCCAUCGGACAUUCAUACUUCAAUUUCGGCGUUGGCUUCAAGAUUCACUAUGUGGCCCUCUGUCUCCUGUGCAUCCCCCGAACGUACAAGUAUUAUAUAUACACUGCUGAUGCCUCUGCUAAACGACUUGCCAAGCUAUAUGUAGCAACCCUUGUUCUCGGUAGUGUGUGCGGGCUGUGCGAUCGCUUCUUCUGCAAGCAAAUAUCUUCUUGGCCCAUUAAUCCUCAAGGCCACGCACUAUGGCAUGUUUUCAUGGGUUUCAAUUCGUACUAUGCAAAUACAUUCCUGAUGUUUUGCCGAGCUCAACAACUGAACUGGUCACCGAAGGUGGUUUAUUUCAUGGGGAUUUUGCCCUAUGUGAAGAUUGAGAAGCCUAAAGUCCAAUGAGGUAUAUCAGGGAGGAGGAUCGACCUUUAUGUUGGCAGAGAUAGUUCGAGAGUUUUGAAAGGUAGACGGGAGCAAGCGAGCAGUUGGAAAGUUCACUUUUGCCUUUUUCUUGGUAUUCAUUUGGUUACACUAUGAUCUACUGGCUUUUGCACUUGAAAACAGAAAACGUGUACCAUAUUCAAUUCGCCUUUUUGUUCGAAGGAUGCAACAGCUUUGCUCGCAAACCAAGCAUAUGUUAUGUAACAGCUGUGGAGUCAAACUCUAAUCUUCUUUUGUUGUUAGUGUUUUAGUUCGAGUCUAUGACUUAAUGUUAUUGCUGGAGAACAGUCAGGUUAAUACUGAGGCACGAUUUUGUUU